UUUAAAGGCUCCGCAGCUGCCCCGGGUGGCUCUGUCGGGUGAGACUUCCGGAGACGGCAGCUCCUCCAGCAUCGAUCCGCUCGGACGGCCACCCUCUCGGGGCUCCACUGCUUCGGCCACCUUUCCACCCAUCUUCUUGGCCAGGGACACGACCAGGCAGGCGGCUGCCCCAUGGAGAAGGCCCACGGAAUAUUCGACAAUACGUUGGGGGGGUUCCUAAGGCCCCAUCCGGAUCCCCGAAGCUUCUCAGGCCGGGCUGGCGGGAUGGGAAACAUCAAAACCUUGGGGGAUACGUACCAGUUUGCCGUGGAUGUCAGUGACUUCUCCCCCGAAGACAUUAUCAUUACUACAUCCAAAAACCAGAUUGAAGUGAGGGCUGAGAAGCUAGCAGCUGAUGGGACCAUCGUCAACACAUUCACCCACAAAUGCCAGCUCCCUGAAGAUGUGGACCCCACCUCGGUCACUUCCACCCUGGGGGCAGACGGCUGCCUGACCAUCAAGGCAAGGAGAGGUCCAGCCAAGCCAUCUGAGCAAGUGCAGCAAACGUUCAGGACUGAGAUUAAAAUCUGAGCUCCGGGAGCAGUUCGGGAGAGCCGGCAGGGAGCCAGGCUGGGCUGGGCUGGGCUGGGCUGGGUGGGGGGGUGGAAAACAGAUCUGUCCUUGUGUUCCCCGUCAAUAAGAGAUGUUUCGGUUUGUCAUCCACGGCUGAAGGUUAAAGGGAUACCAGCAAUGAGCCUACGCGGGCCAAAGCUGCCCUUCCCCCCCCCCCUCAACCAACUCCCUUUGAAAGGGGAAAGAACACCGUUGCUUUUGCCAGCGAAGGAACAGCAAAGCUGGAGCUGAAUUUUCCAGUUCUGCAGCCAGCAAAUUUAAUGUUUGGAAGUGUUGAUGGGACAACGCCGCUAAAAAAGAAAAAAACAAAGAAAGAGGAGGCGAUAUGAAAUUUAUACGAUAGGAAGUCAAUCGCACCGCGGAGUUUACGUCCAGGGAACGUUAUUUAGGAUAUACAGCGUACAUCUUGGAAGCAAUUCAAGUUAAAAUGUUAACACGUUCAUAUGUUAGAUUCAGGGAUUGGUUGUUGUUUUUUUUCACACCCACCCAUUCCCCUCCCCCGUCUUUGCACCCCACCUCCAAAUCCAGCUACACCCUACAAGUUGAGAGGAGAGGAAAAAAACCUGUGAAGGGGAACCAAACAAUGUAAAAAACCAAUUUAAAACUUUGAAUUACAAGAAAACACUUUCUUGCAAGUCAAGCCGCUGA